UUUGUUCAAGAAGUCAGCCUGGUGUGAUCACUGACGCGUUGCCAACUUAAUAUGUGAAGUAUAUUGACGCUUUUGUCAAAUACACUUUAAUGUAGUUUGAACUCACAGUCGUUUCUGCGGAUACUGAAUUAGUUAUUUGCUUUCAUUUUCUCUUUUUUUGCGCUUUGGUCGUAUGAAGAGCAAGUGUGAACGAACAGGAGAAAGGAGAAGGAUUUUCUUUGAAUCAUUACGUUGUGUUUACAGUAUGUCUGCCUUACAGUUCCUAGACAUUUUAUAUUUUCACUGACAUAAAGGGGAGUAUUCGUUUAUGCUUUCCUUCCUCCCUCUCGGUGGAUAUCUAUGGAGAGGGUACACUGUAUGCUCUCACUACACUCUUGGACUCACUUGCGGCGUGACCGUUGAAUCCACCGACCUGGAUAUCAGAAAACGACACACUUAACCUGAUUUGAAUGCCUUUGCAAGGAGUUUGCUGGUUUUUGUGCUGCAGGCAGGGCUUCAGUUUGCUGGGACGGGACUAUGGGGAGAAAGAAGAGGAAGAAUCUUUUGAAUUGCGCAACAAGGAGGAUUUGACUCCCAAUGGACGGACUCCAGCUGAGGUGAUUGUUUCUCAGCCAUCUUGUACAGCCAAUGGAACAAAUGGGCACACUGUCGCCCAGUCACCUGACGAGAUGAAGAGCCUCAUCAUUGAGAAGAAUAAAAUGGGAUUGGAGGAAGAGCCGGAGCUGUUGGUGAAAGGUUGGCUGUUACGGGAGGUGCGAGGCAGCUGGAUCAAGCAGCGGCGGUACUGGUUUGUACUGAGCCAGGACUCGCUCGACUACUACAGUGGACCGGAGAAAGGCGCUCGCAGACUGGGCACGCUGGUCCUCACCAACCUCUGCUCCGUCAUUUGGCCAGACAAGCAGACGUACAAGGAAACAGGAUACUGGAGCAUUACAGUUUAUGGACGGAAACACUGCUACAGGCUGUACACCAAGCACUUCAAUGAAGCUGUGCACUGGGCUUGUGCCAUCCAGAAAAUCAUUGAUACCAAAUCCCCUGUGGAAACACCGACACAGCUUCUGAUACGAGACAUUGAGGAAAAUAAGUUCAACCCCGAGGUGGUGGAACACAUCUACCAGCACAACCCCAUCCUGAAGUACACCCAGGGCCCUCUGUAUGCUCCUCUGCUGCCAUUCCCCUAUGGCAGUCUGGAGCACACGUACCACAGCGGAAAAGGCUACGGCUCGGUGCGCGAGGAGGCCGUGAAGCUCUUCAACUGCCUGCAGCAGCUAGAGUCUGCAAGGGAGCCAGUUCCCAUCAUCCAAGGGGUGCUGCAGACCUGCCUGGACCUGCGACCCCUCCGUGACGAGGUCUACUGUCAGCUGGUGAAGCAGACUAGCUACACGCCCUCCCCGUACACUGCUGCGCAUCUUCGUUACUGGCAGCUUCUCACCUGCAUGAGCUGCACCUUCCUGCCUGGGCCCAACAUUCUUAAAUACCUGCGAUUCCACCUCAAAAGAAUCCAGAGCCAAAGUCCUGAGUCUGAGAUGGAUAACUAUGCAUCAUUCAUCAGCGAGGCUUUGGAGAAGACUAAGUGUCGGGAGUGCGUGCCAUCCUGGGAGGAGAUCCAGAUGCUGAUGAACCGACAGGAGAUGCUGUGCACGGUGCACUAUCCUGGCCCUGGAUUGUGCCAGAUCUACAUCAGCUCACACACUACUGCCAAUGAGGUGGUUCGAAGGAUGCAAGAGAAGCUGGGCCUACAAGAAAGCAAAAACACGUUUGCACUGUAUGAGCAGAAUGCAGUGUGGGAGCAGGCGAUCGCAGGGAGCACUCUGAUCGCAGACAUCCUGACCAGCUUCACAACCAAAGAGUCAGAGUCUAAAUCCCAAUGGAAACUGUGUUUCAAGCUCUACUGCCUGUUGGACGCUGACAGCAUAUCGGUGGACAGCAUAGAAUAUUUCUUCCUCUUUGAGCAGUGCCAUGAGAUGGUGGUACGUGGUCAGCUGCCAGCCUGUGAGGAGGACCUUCAGGCUUUAGCUGCCCUGAGGCUGCAGUGCCUGAUGGGGGACUUCAGCACACACGCCCCCUGCCCGCCCCUGGAUGAGCUUUUCCCUGGUGACAUGCUUGAAGCUCGGGUUCUCAUGUCUCUUUCGGCUCCACAAGCAACACCUCCUAGCCAGGUGGCGGCUCAGGGCUGUCCCACAACGCAGCGCUUCCCGACAGGACUCCUAACUGGGACGCUGUGGAGCCACACGGCUACGGCCGUGCACAAACAGAAGGUGGAGCAGGACAUGCGCCUGCGGAGUCGGCUGAAGGAGGAGGCAGCUGCUGUCAUGGCAUCCAUCUUGGAGCGUUGGAAAGGUCUGGCUGGCUACAGUCGCAGAGACAGUAUGGCUGCCUACCUCACAAUUGCACGCCAGUGGUCGGGCUUUGGAUGCACUCUUUAUGAAGUGGACUUCUAUAUUAGUUCAACAGGGAGUUUUUCCCAGAAGCUGUGGCUGGGUGUAGCCGCUACAUCUGUGUCCCUUUACAAGCAGGGAGAAUCAGAGGCCCUGGAGUCCUUCCCUUAUGGCCAGAUUUGCUCUUACGGGGUGUCUGACAGCAACACCUUCAAGAUCACAGCUGGGGAUCGGGAUCUAACAUUUGAAACCACUAAGCUGACUGAGAUCAUGCAGCUGAUGAAUGCGUAUUUCAGUGCCAUCCAUCGCCAGCGAGGAAAAGGGGAAGAUCCAGACAUCACCAUCACAGAAAGCACAGAAGUGGGCUUCCAUCACCUGGCUUCGACACCAACACCCACACUCCUGGAGCUGCCCUCGCAUCCCGUUUGAGAGGAACCCAAACACGUAUAACCCCUCCUCCCCAUCCCUUUCAACCCCCAUCAUCAUCCUACUUGCGGCCUCCUAAGAGGCCCAGUCCUCAGGACGCUUCACCUCCUCCGCUGGGAACGGUGCAGCAGCCAAAACAAAGAAAGGGCUGUUUUCACUCCCCAUCCAUGAAAAUAAACCCUCGCUGAGCCUUCCAGCUGAAGGAGCUGGCUAUAGAAUGGGAACGGGGUAAGGAGGGGAUGGGAAUGUAAGGGGCUCUGGUUUGCAAGUGAGCCCAAAAAACACACAGAAACCCACUGCUGUUUCUGAUGAGGUGUUUGAUGCCUCCUCCCCGUUCUGUCAUACAACCAGCUCCGCUGCCCUACAUGGCAAUAACCCCCCCCCCCACACACACACACACACAACACACACACACUUCCCUCGACAAUGUGAGAUGUUGGCCUUACCACGUCAAGAAGAGACGACAAGAGUUGAGACAAUGACAACUUGUGGUUCUCCCCUCUUAAAGCUAUAGUUUCGAGUGAAUACACUACCCUCCCCCUUCUCGCUUUCUCAAGGUGUGCCAUAUUGGAUUUGCCUUUCCUAGAAGGCAGUCAUCCCUCAUGCACUGCUGGAAUAGGGUUGAGAACAUUCAGUGACACCAACACACACCCUCCCUUGUCUUUGCUCUGUCUCCCAGCCACACAGGCAUAUACACUCAGGCUCCCUCUCACAUGCCCUUAUGCUGACACGUUCAUCAGACAGUCAGUUUUCAUAAAGUCCCAGUUGGGCUUGCAUUACCUGGAACUGUUGAUGCAGUGAUCCAUGUGAACUUGGAACUGGAAACAGAUGUUGAGCUCUGUAGCUAAGUCACUUGGGCUACCACAGCCAUACUGCCUCUUUACCUACUGGGGUAUGUGAGUGGAUCUGAUCACAGAAAAGCUUUUCCUUGAUGACACAUUCAGGGUCUGGCGUAAUUGUGUUUCAGAGAAAUCAAAGAAUUUCGGAGCCGUUUCCAACACGAUACCAUUAAGUGCUCUGAUUCGUCCUUCUUUGUGCUGCUUGUCUUGGCUAUAGUCCUGGACGUGAAACUUGGAUAACACUUGACUGAUUGGAUAAUUUUGCUUAAGUCAUUUACUAUCCUAAUGCAGCUCUUUCUCCUGAAGAUAACAGGUGCUUUGUUUAAUGUUAUUUUCACUAUGUGUAUAUAUAAUGAAAGAAAUUCCACAAAGCUUAGCCUCCAUCAGACUUGCAGAUCCUUGAGGAACUGUCUCCACAUUUAACUUUUAGCGUCCCAAAUGUCCCCAGAUAUUUAAGCAAAACAUUUUCUAAUCAGGCCAUGGAUGUUUUGUAGUAUUAUUUAUGCAGAUGUCACAUUUUUUUAUUAACUGUUUAUGUCUUAAUUGCAGACCCAACCUUCUAUUUUUCUAAUAUGUUUGCUUUAAAUGAUCAGAGCCUUAAAUUCUUUUGGUUCUGCUGCUUAAAGCACCUUGUGCAUUAAUCCCUAUGUAGCUCAUUUGCGCUCACUAUUUGAAUAUUCUUAUGAAGCCAAAGUUUUGCCAAGUUUUGGGUUUGAGAAUGGACCAAAGAUCUUUUUUUUUUUUUUUAAAUAUAUAUAAGCUUUUACAAUAAUCCCAAUGCAGACAGAUUUCCUAAAUUAUAUUCAGCUAUUUUCAUGUUUAUUCAUUUGUUUUUAAACAUAACUAUCAGACAUCCUAUUUUGUUUUGCAAGUUACUUUUUGUAGUAAUGACAAUGUAGGAAUAUGAUUUGUAAAGAUAAUCCCACAGUGCUGUCUGCUAUACAGCUCUUUGCAAUAACCAGCCUCAAAACCGUUUUGUUUCCUCACCAUGGAAGGCCUUGUCAGUCACGUCCUAUGCUCAGAAGCAGGUCUUUCGUCUUUUCUACUGCAGCUGCAGGCAGCUCAAAGCUACAUGUAUGAAAUGGGAAAAAAAGAAAAAGGCAGAUGCCCUUGCUUAGUGUUAAGCUUGUUUGUAUGCUGCAUGGUACCUUUUUAUGUAAUAUGUAUAGUCAAUUGCACUAUUGUUUUUAACUAACUUGGGAGUGCAAUAAAAACUAUAAAUACUGUAUGUAAUUAAUAAAAAAAUCACCAUUUUA